GAUCGUCAGAGCGCCGCCGUGCCCCCAACGCCGUCGCGUCGCUUGCGGGAAGCGAUGAGUCUUCGUGUUCAGUGACGAACGCUGUCAGCUUCGGGGUGCCCACCACUUUCAGCCAUGCGCUAGCGGACCCACCGGUAGAUCGGCGAAACCUUUUCGUUAUUUUUUAAUUCAAAAUUUAGCUUCCAUCCCCCGCCGCCCCGCAGCCGUUUGGUGGGAAGUGUAUUGCAGCCCCCCCGUAAAGCAACCAAGCCUAGCGCCGGCCCGCAGCAGGAUGGUACCUCCACGGACGGCUUCUAAAUUAUUCGGUGUUUCGUUUGUGAGUAGCAAAAUCUCCUCGUGCAGUGACGCUCCUGUGUACAGAAUGGAUAACGCCAGCUUACGAGCCACCGCAAGCCUGCUAAGGAUUUUCGCCUGCUUCCUCUUACUACUGGCACACGGCCUUCCUGUAGAAAGUAAAUGUGCAUUCCGGGGGAAGUGUGGCAUAAACGAGGACACGGAGAAAGACAUCCCCUGCGUGUACAGUGGGGAAGCGCAGCCCCUGGAGAAAGAGGGCCUAGAAAUUAUCAAAGAAGUGUGCCCCCAUCUACUACAAGGUGAUGAACCAAAGUUUUGCUGUGAUCUACCACAACUAGAGAAAAUGCACGAAGAGCUAAAACAGCCAGUCAGCUUAGGUAUGGGCAAGUGCCCCACCUGCUACAGCAAUUUCGCGCGGAUAUUCUGUGGCUUCUGCGACCCGAACCAGGGUGACUUCAUAGCUGUCAACGCAUCUGAGCCCAGCGAAGACGAUGAGAGCAUGUUAAAGGCGACCGUUGUGGACUACGCUAUCAGUGAAGAAUUUGUUCAUGGUGCUUUCAACUCUUGCGCCAACGUCAAGUCGGUGAUAACAGACACAACGGUGAUGCAGCUCAUGUGCGGAGCACACGCCGGCGAUUGCCAGCCCCAGUAUUGGCUCGACUUUCUGGGAGCCACGUCGGAGGAAGGCGGAUUUUCGCCUUUCAAGUUCAACUACAUGAUCACCUCAAAAGAAAGUGUUGUGAGCAGUGGGGUCACGCUAAAGCCUUACAACCCAUCCUUCCACAAGUGUUCCGAGCCUUUCGGUCCGAGCCAGCAGAAGUGCAGCUGCAGCGAUUGCCCGGAGGUAUGCAUUCCACUGGAGGCACCACUGUUGCCGCCCCCGCCGGAGCCGUUCACCAUGGGUCACUACGAUGGCAUGCUGGUCGUGUCCAUGCCUUUUGUUCUCCUCAGCACCACCGUGCUGAGCACGUUCUUCCUCAAGAGUCACAAGAGGAAGACUUCGUUCCAAGUGAGCGGUCAAAACUAUCCCUACUCUCCGAGCCACUCGCCUCCGGGCUCUCCCAUCACCCUGCGUCCCUCGCCGCUCUCCGGCGAUGCCGUGGACGGCGCCGUUAAUGGCGUCGUUAACGGGCUCGGCAACGGCGUGGCCAACGGGGACGCCGCAGUGUCCAAGGUGGUCGUCGGCAACGUCGGCACCGGCGUGGAGCCGCAAGUGCGCACGCUCUCGUCCUUCGGCGCAACCAUGGAGCGGCUACUGCAGGCGGGCUUCCACCGCUGGGGCCUCUUUGUGGCGCGCAACCCCUUCCUGGUGCUGAUGGCCGCCCUGGCUGUCAGCGUGCUCCUCUCGUUGGGUCUUCUGAAGUUCACUGUGACUACGAACCCGGUCGACCUCUGGGUGUCCCACAGCAGUCUGGCCCGCAAGCACAUGAACUACUUCAACACUCACUUUGGUCCUUUCUACCGUGUGGAGCAAAUCAUCCUGCGUCCAAAAGCCCAAGACUACUUCGUCGUGGAGAAGGCUGGCGUGAACAAGACGUUCGGACCGGCUUUCGAAAAGAACUUCAUGAUGGAGGACAUACGUGACAAGGCUACGGUCAUACUGGCUGGACCAGUACAUCCUGUACAUGCGGUCUUCGGAUUGCUGCUUUGAGACCACCAAAAAUCAUGACUUUUGCUACUCCGAAUACGGCACUGCAAAUGGUACAUGCCAGUCCUGCAGCGUGCCGAGAACAGAGCCCUUUGCUGGGGAAGAAUUCAAACGCCGCCUUCCUUGGUUCCUGGCGGAUGUGCCUAACUUGAAGUGCUCUUCAGCUGGUCGUGCAGAGCAUGGAAGUGCAAUCAACCACAUAAAUGGGACCAUUCAAGCUGCCUACUAUUCAGCCUACCACCCCGUGCUGAAGACGUCGAAGGAUUUCUACACGGCCCUGGAGUGGGCUCGGCUAAUAUCCCACAACUUGACAGACAUGGUCAAGGAAGUCCAGCCCGAGUCCGAAGUCAUCUCUUACAGCCUGGUGCACGUGUUCUACGAGCAGUACCUGACCAUGUGGCCAGACACGUUCAAGAACCUGGCGCUCUCGCUGGGCGCCAUCUUUGUGGUGACUUUCGUGUUGCUGGGGUUGGACUUUAUGUCGGCGCUCGUCGUCACCUUCACCAUUGUCAUGAUCAUCGUCAACCUGAUGGGCCUCAUGUACUGGUGGGACAUCUCGCUCAACGCUGUAUCGCUCGUCAACCUGGUGGUGGGCGUGGGCAUCUCCGUCGAGUUCUGCUCCCACCUGGUGCGGGUGUUUGCCUUCAGCGGUGCUCCCACUAGGGUCAAGCGGGCCCAGGACGCCCUCACCAAGAUGGGAAGCUCGAUUCUGUCAGGCAUCACGCUGACGGACUGCGGGAUCCUGGUACUGGCGUUUGCCAAGUCUCAGAUCUUCCAGGUGUUCUACUUCCGCAUGUACCUGGGGAUCAUCGCUUUUGGCACGCUGCACAGCCUCAUCUUCCUGCCCGUGUUCCUCAGCAUCCUAGGUCCUCCUGUGAACAAGGACAAGUUGAUAGAACACAUUCAGCUGCACGAGAUGGUGACGGUGACUCCCACAAUAACGAGGUCCAAGAGCGACAAGUAUACUCCAAAGGAUGUGAGCGCAUAAUGAAGCUCUAGCUACAUAUUUAAAAACGGUGCAAACCUGCAUCGGAAAGAGAAAAACAAAAAAGAGGAAGGAGACGACAAGCGGCAGCAGCAGCCCCCGACCAGCUUGUGCCGGUGGCCACGAAGCGUGUCGUCGUCCUCCCGAGUUUUCUUCUCGCGUUUCGGCACGGCACGACAAUGGCACUUCCAAAUAUGGCUGUUGUUACGCGGCUUGCACGUGGUUCCUUCCCUCAUUUUUUUUUUGUAUCCCACCUUUUCUCUUCUUUAAUAUGUACAUGUGAUACAGUCCCCUUUGGGCACGGCCUCCUUGCUACCCUCUCUCGUGCUCUCUCUACGAGGUUAGGCAAGCAGAGUUGCCUCUGGUGAUGCAAAACUCGCGUAAAACAUUCGCUUGUCAAUGUGUGUGUGUGAUUGUGCGUGUAUGUUGUACGAGAACUGCGUACAGACUCUGGAAGUGCGAAAAUGCAUCCAAGAUGCACACUUAAAUAUGGUUAGAGCACUCCUCUUGUUAGUUUUUUUUUUCUGUAUGAGCACACGCCGGCUUAUUUGUGGUGCUGCUGUUGCAAUCGUCUCUGUUGCACCCGAGCGUGAUUGUUUAUACGAUAAAGCGAUCGGUAUCGAUCUGUGGCCAUCAGCAUCGCCACUCUUGUCACGCGUGCGAGUUCGUCCUAUUGCGUUCUGGCUUUGCUCGUCUUAACAGUUUUGCAUCACCGGCACUGUGCACACUGCACUGGGGAUUUUGCUGUACGGUGCGAAUCAUCGACGGGAACAUGCAACGAGUAUCUCUUAAGCGAAACACGGUGUGCAUGUGUAUUCAUUUAUUGAAUCAACUUCUACAUUACAUUAAUAAAACGUGGCUGUCCCCUUGCAUGUUUUUUUUUGUUGUUUCCCUUUGUAUCGUCAUUUUUGGGUGUGGCAACAUUUUGAUGCAGCCACCUUUGUUCGCGCUUUGUUUCUUUAUACAGACUUUUUAAAACAAUGUUCCAAAUUAAGAUGACAAGUGGGGAGUGCUCUCUCGUGAGAUUGCAGCAAAUGUUGAUGUGGCAAUGCACUGGUUGCAGGGCUUAUAUCAUCUACUCCCACAUGCAGCCACUCUGUGGCUAUAACAUUGCAGUGCUGUCACGUUAAAGUCUCGCUUAGUUGAUUGUUACGAGGAAAGAGACGCACUAUCGCGGCAGCACUUUGCAAGUGUUUUUUUUAUAGGCAAACCUCAUUCUUAUUUUAUAGAGCUGUAUGCAAAGAAGCGUUGGAGGUCCACAAUUGUGCAUUAACUAUCGAUAUUUUUUCUUUAGUCGGCACAACCUCCUUGCACUUUUCGUUUUUGUACAUUCCACAUUGGCUUUAGGUGUUCGCUUCGCAUGUAUGAAAUGCGUGGCUCAAUGACUUAAAAGUAAAGUGCGCGCUCGCGUUACGAGAUGGGUUGCACCUCUAAGACUUCUUUUUAUUCGAAUAUCCUUGUUGUGUAAGGCUGGAGAGUCUACCCCCCCUGAAAUUUGCAAAGGCUGCUCAACUCUCUGAUCUCGUUUCUCUCGGUCAAGUGUGAUAACAGCCCCUCAUAGACUGCAAUGUUCUCUGCAAUCCUCAGUGUUCCCCGUCAAAUCUACAGUGAACGAAAGUUGCCUGGAUGACCUGAUUUCCAAUUAGGCACCUUCGAGCAGGCACUGGAAGCAGUGUUGGUUACUAAGCUUCAACUCUGGAUGAUUCAUCGAGAAACAUUGAUGAAGUGUCGCAAUCACAUCAGUCGGGAGGUGGAACAGGCCUCUGUUCGGCAGAAUGUAGCGAGAGCUGCGAGUUGAACUGGCGCUUGCAAGUGUGAGGGGAGAGUGUAUGGAGUGUGUUUGCAACACUGUAUGUGCACUGUCUUAGUCUUCUUUUUUCUCUUGGUCUUGCGCUGUUCCUUUUUUUCUUUCUCGCGAUCAAGAAGGCAGAUAUCUCAUCAGCCCCUUUCUUAUUUUUCGCGUAUGAUCAAAAAGGAAACGUUCCAUGGUGACCAGACUCACAGAUGUGUGUAUUGUCUGAGCAUUGUCUUCUGCCAAGUGGUGGUGUUGUCUGUAGCGUAAAGCAUUCUAGUCUUUCUUCCUCUUUGAUAUUACUUUGUUUUUUAACUAAGGGGCUUGGAAAUGUAGCAGUUGAGUCUUAUUUAUUUCGAACAUCAGCGGAGAAUUUAAUCUAAAUUGGCGCAUACUUCCCACAAACGGGCAGAUCAUACACUGAGCGUUGGUCUGGCCGCACAACAGUCCAUGGUGCUUGAAGAAAUGAGUUUUCUCACUUUAAAAUGGAGAGGUACUCGCUUUUCACCUAUCCUGUGCCUUUUUGGUGGUUGCAGAAAGGGAAGUUUUCAAAUCCAACUUUCUAUUGUGAUGAACGUCGUUUCACCGAUAUUUAUAAAGCCAAGUUUCUUUUCUUUCUUUACCAAUGCUCACCAGCUGAAGUAGUGAAAGGUCCACAUGGCCCCCUGUUCUUACUGUCUUAAUGCUUCACAAUUUUUUUUCUCGAAAUUGUUGAUAUUGUGGGCAUUAAGGCGUUGUCCUCUCUUUAACCUGGCUGCCUUCCAUGAAACUGCCUGUGGCAAACAUGCAUUUCAGAAGAGAAGAGAGAGAGAGAAAGAGAUUUAAGAUGAACCAGUUUGAUCUUGUGAUCUUAGUGAACAUUCACGUGAAUGUGUGAUAGUGCGUUGUUACCAUUGGGAAUGAUUAUACAUGUGUGUGGAGGCAUGGAACAUUCACACCCACAUCACUGCUCUGGAACAAGUUGUACAGGAAAAAUGUACAGUAAGACCAAUAAAAAUAUGUGUUGUCUUGUGGUACAUAAA